AUGUCCCAAUUUCUCACCUACCUGCCCCCUUUUGAGGGCAUCCUUCCCAAAUGGCUCGUUUUUGUCUCCGUUGUCUCCGCCCUUAACAGCCUGCAAGCCUACUGCUCAACCCAAUAUACCUCUCAACUCUACAGUAAUGGCCAAGUCCCUGCUAGCCCUCUGUCUGGUCGCGUUUUUGGAACCUGGACUUUCCUGUCCGCGGUCAUUCGCAUGACGGCCGCUUACAACAUUGACAACCCUGUUGCGUACAACCUCGCGAUGUGGACCUACGGAAUCGCGCUGACACACUUUGUCGGAGAGCUCAUUGUCGGAAACGCUUCUCUGAAGGGUCGCUUCCUGAGCCCCUUGAUUGUUGCCUCAGCUUCGCUCGCUUGGAUGAUCACCCAGCGCGAGGCAUACCUCGCUUAA